CCUAAACAGGUUUCGAGUUUCCAUACAUCAGGAGGUGGAGCUGCGGCGGGGAGAAGAAUCCAGUUUCAGUUUUGUUAGCGAUGAAACAGAAUAGAAACUGUCUGCAGAGAUUACGUGAGCGGAACUGGUGAUAGGCCGGCGCUCAGACGAAUGCCAGACUGAUACGGGACGACUUACUUCCUCCCCAACUCUGCAAGGUGCAAUGGCGGAGGCGUCCUGGGACGGCGCAGAUCCAACGCAGAGACUUCCCGAAAAACGCGAACUCACCAAACUACAAAACGACAUUUAUGAGUUCUUGCAGAAAGAUAAACCCCAGAAAGCGCUCGCUGUCGCCAAGGCCGUUGGAAAAACCUGCGCUAAAGAUGUUAAUCCUGACUUGUACACGAUGAAAGGCUGGCACUUGCUUGACUGUAGUGAGGACAAGCUCUGGAGCAUAAAGGCAGAGAGCCGUGCCUCAGUAAAUAAAGCAAAAAUGGAGCAACCGAUUAGGACUGGAUCCACAGCGACCAGCCCAUUAACAGAGCAACAAAAUAAAGCAAAAAUGGAGCAACCGAUUAGGACUGGAUCCACAACAACCAGCCCAUUAACAGAGCAACAAAAUAAAGCAAAAAUGGAGCAACCGAUUAGGACUGGAUCCAAAACAACCAGCCCAUUAACAGAGCAACAGGAAGAGAUCUGUACACUUCUGGAGAAGAGCCGGCCAAUGAGAGCGAAGGACAUCGCUAAAAAGAUGGAGAAAACCAGGAAGGACGUCAAUUCCGACCUCUACAGACUGAUGAGUAUGGGACUCCUCACUCAUAACGAGGAAAAACUCUGGAGGCUGAAAAGUCAGAACGAUACGAGAUGUGAAGAGAGGGAGAAAGAAUGUGAAGAGGUGGGAAGAAGUCCGAUCCCCUCAGACAAUAAUCAUACCGAUGAUACAACUUCUCCAAAUCAGACAGAGACUGAAAACCCGAACAAUCAGCUCUGUACCGGCACACAAUGUAACACCGACACUGCACUGAUAGGAGUUUCCUCCCCGGAUCAUUCAUACGUGGGAGGUCAAUCUCUUACCCAAGUUACGAAUGGCUGGAGCGCCGUACAGAGCUAUACCCAGAUCUGUCCUCCUGUGGUUAAAAAUUACACCAUUUAUAUUCAAAACAGUCAAAAUUUUACAGUAGGCGAUAACAUGGUGACCGGAGGAGACAGCCAGGACCCCGGCUACAUAACAGGAGAUUCAUCUGCUAUGAUCGAUGGCUCCGGUGCGCAGGGGGCGGAGCAACCGCCGGCCUCGGAGUGGCCCAACAGCAGUCAAAGUGAAGAUGGUUCGAUGAACGCCUCCGAUCUCUCAUUGGCUGAAGAAAUCCAGGAGCGACCACCACGCACGUCCUCCCCCGCCGACACCAAUCCAUCCCGACAAUGUUUAAACCUCUCCACCAUCUGCGAUGGGAUCGAAAAACUGAAUCUGGAACAGCAAGACGACCAUCUUUCGUGAUUCUGUUGCCUCAUUGUUUAAAGGGAAACUUCAACUUUAAAGUGUAACCCCCCCACCUCUGUACAGAUUCAUUUGGCAGCGCCAUAACUGACGUGCAUCUUCAAUUAUUCCGCCUCCUUUCAUUGUUUACAAGCCAACUGGAAACGUUCAACUUGCUUUUAGCUCUGGGUGAUAUGUAGACACAUGAAAUGCUGUGUCUAAGUCACAGUCCUUGGACGUCUCCAAGAAGAUUUUUUUAAUAGCAAACCAAAUUUUUUUAAGAAGUGAAAGAUAUGUCCAAGCUGGGCGGCCAUAUUGGAACACUUGCAGUGAUAACUUCUAUUUAAAUGCUUCUUUUCCUUUGCGGUUCAUCACCCACCUACCUCCAUGUAUAGUCCGCUGAGAAGACAAUACAGCGCCAGAAGCCAUACAGAUGGAAGAGCGUUCAUUAUACCGCAUCAGAUAUACAGACAAGGUUUUUGGAUUUAUGAAAUAAUGAGAUAUGGGCAGAAAUUAUGUGACUUUGUAAAAUAAACAUCUCAAUGACCCUUC